AUGCCACUCGCUCUAAACUCAAGCUCAGGCUCGAGCUCCGGUCCAGAAAGGCCACGGGCCCAACUUACAAUCCCCACAGUCCCCAAGUUUCCGCUGUCGUCGCCCAUCACAGAUGAGAUUGCCAGUCCGGCGGGCACGUCCGAGGAGUCCUUUGAAGAGGACCGGGACACGGAGCGCAACCCGCCGUACGAAGUUCUGUCCAAAGUGCAGAGCAGGAAUCCGUUUGUGUCGAAUGCUAGUAACGUGGCGCCGGCGGAUCGGAUCAGGGAGUUUGAACAGAGUGUUACGGGCCAUGUACAUACUGUUUCUCCGGAGAGAGACAGGGAGAGGGAGAGACCGGUUGGAUUGAACUUGGAAAUUCCGGGGUCUGCCCGCGCGCCGCAACCACAGCCGCGAAAAGAUACGACCGGGGCGUUUGUGGAUUUGAAUGACCUCAAGAUUCUCUCGCAGGCGAGAGAGGAGGAACGGGCGGCGCGGAAGGUCAAGGGGAUAUUGAAGAAGGACGACGGCAAGAAGGAGAAGGGGGAUACGAGGGGAUUUCAGCGGCUACAAGAUGACCCUUCGGAUUCGGGGUUUGGGCAUCAUGGAAAAAGAGCGUCGCUGCUCGAUGCCAUGUCUCGGGUCUCUAGGAAGAAAGUCAGAGACGACGGUAUUUCGCCAACAGACCGGCCGAUCAUGAUUGGAUUCUCGGUGCCAUAUGACUCGCCCGAGCUUCAAGACGUGAAAGAGAAAGAGAUUGACAGUGCAGGAACACAACAUACUCCGCUUACGCCUUCGAUUAUAGUCACCCCGGCCAAGGAGGACAGUUUCUGGAAUCAUCUGCGGCCGCAGAAUGCGAACUCGCACGCGCGCCCAAGAGCAGCGUCUAGCGUUUACUCGCAGCCUUCGCCGCAUCUAGGGCUCGAUGAUGCACCGCCUGUACCUGCGCUUCCAGCGUUCUACUCCACGGGCAACGAUACAGCGACUGCAGGGGUGUCUAGCUCUGUUCGAAAACGCCGCUCGAUGUCUACUGGUGCAGUCGACGAGAAAAGCGAGGAACAACCACGUGGACGGCCUCGAUCUCAAUCGAAUGAGAAGGCUCCCCGACUGUCUGACCGGCUGACCAUCAACACAUCGCUGAACGCGCGAGCUUCUCAGGGAUGGUGGAACUAUCUUCUUUCGCCGCUAUUGAGCGCCAGCUCGCUUCUGAGUCCGAAGACUCCGACGACAGUCAAGACACGGCCACCUUUACCGCCCAUAUCAACUGGAACAAGCUCAACAGGCUUGUCGGACGAAUGGUGGGACGAAAAGGAGAAGUGGGAGGAGAAAGAGAAGGAGAAGGAAAAAGAGAUAGAGAGGUCGUAUUUCUCACCUGAUACCCCUGAGGCAACGCGUCGGGUAUCUAGCUGGCAGAACAUGAACGGCAACCCUUUUGCCGACUUUGACUGGAGUAUAGAUGAGCAGCAACGGUUUCAAAAUCAUGAUCAGAGCCCUGAAGGACAGGAACGAGUAGCGUCGAUGAUGUUUGCUGGCCAGACAAUCGAGGGUUCCGCGGCGGAAUACUACCAGGCUUGUGCGUAUGAGGUGUUCAGCACAACUCCGUACUUCGAGUGCAUUAAUCACGUCUGUUCGAUCACACCGAAGGAUAAGAUCGCAGUCGUUGGUGCGGAUGACCAAGAUCAGCAUCAUGACACGCAGGGAGCAAGAGGCCUUUUGAUUGAUGUGGAUGAUAUGCCUCGUUCUCAUAAUCUGGAGUCGCCGGGAUCUGGGAUCACGUCUAUCAAUUCGAGUCCGUCAGAUGAUGCAAGUAGACUGUCUAAGGAACUGGGAGGAGGAUCACGAGUGCCUCCAAGUGAGGGCGCACUCGGAACUCCAAAGAUCAACUCUCCUACACAUACAAGACACCCAGGCUCGCCGGUGCCUACUAAUCCUUUUGGACAACCUCGAGGGUUUUCACCACCACCAACGCAACCUCCUCAUCAGCCAGAGCCGUCAUCAACAAAUCCAUUCGAGCAACCAAGAGGAUUCACACCACCACCGCCGCAACCAACUUUCCAACCUCCUCUGCCUGCAAAUAUCCAUAUAGAAACCGCCGCCGCUCCACCCCCGGCUAAUAUCCAUAUAGAAGCGCCGCCAGCUCAGCCUACUCCGAACAUUCAUUAUGGAGCUCCUGCACCUGCACCCGUCACUUACGACGUCCCGGGGCCCUAUGAAACGUCUAGGGCUCCCAAUCCUUUUGAGCCCGCCCCCCAACCUCCCGUGCUUGCUUCUAUGCCAGAGCCUGCUCCAGCGCCAACGCCAGCACCUCGCUCAAUCAACCGCACCGCUCCCCCUCCCAUCUCCAUGCCUUCUCCCGAUCAAAUGCCUCCGCCAAGCUACGGCGCACAAGCACACUCGCCCUACCCCCGCUCCCCAGAAAGCCUCCAGGAGUCUACAGCAAGAGGCGCCGUCCGCCUCUCACACUUGUCCAUGCCACCAGGCCCAGCCCCCGCCUACACUCCUCACGACAAUGCCGCCCUCCCACCACGCGCCGUCCCCAUAACGCGUGACAUCCUGUCCCAUCCCGUCUCAGAGCGCGACCGAAUCGAAUCUCGCCGGCAGCGCUACGAGCGCGAAGACGCCCUAGCCCACAAAGCCGGCGGCUUCUGGCGCGGCCGCGGCCCCUUCAGCGCCAAAGGCUGUUUCGGGCGAGGCGGACGCGAAGGCCGACUCCGCCGCCGCUGGUACGCCAUAAUCUGCCUGUUCUUCCUGGUCAUCGUAAUCGUCGCAAUCCUCCUCGCGAUCUUCCUGACCAGAAAGGGCGACAAUACACCCGUGCAAUCGGCCUGGCUGAAUCUGACGGGGUAUCCGCCCAUGCCGACGGGGAUAUCAACUAUCGCGGGACCAGAGAAUACAGUGCAGGACUCUGGGUGCAUUACGCCGAGCUCGAUGUGGAGCUGUGCAUUGCCGAAGGACCAGCAUGAGGCGAAUGAGCCGUAUGCGGCUAAUCAGCCGAAUUUUCGUGUUGAAAUCCGCUUCCAGAAUGGGAGUUAUGAGCAUAGUACGGUGCCGAUUACGAAGCGCUCGAUGCUCGAUAAGAGGAGCGCGUAUCAACUGUUCAACCCUAAACCGGAUCCACCGAGUACAGACGAAAUGGCAUUCCUGGGCCAGUACACGGAUAAUACGUCUACUCCGUACGCAGGCGAGGAAACGCCAUUCUACAUCACCGUCCUCUCAGCGGAAUACCUCUCCUCCUCAAAAUCCUCCUCGACCAACCACACCAAACGCGACAAGUCCAACUCCACCUCCUCAUCCAACAACUCAACAUCCUCCUUCCCCGACGUAACAGACCUAGUCCCCUCCCCCGCAAAGGACUCAUCCGGCACCGCGGCAGCCGCAACUCUCUACCCCCUCCCCUCCUCCCAACCAAUCCGCCUCUUCAACCGCGGCAAGAAAGACGAGCACUACGGCUUCUACAGCUACUUCGACAAGUCCAUUUUCCUGGCAUCCCGAACAGCACUCACGGGCGUUGUAGCGAGCAACAAAAACGACGGCAACGGCGGGUCCACAAAGAACGAGGCGAACGUCCGCUGCACAUGGGCGCAGACGCGCUUCCUCGUGCAGAUCUGGACGAAGGGCGACGCACUGGGCCGGAACCUCAUGGCGCGCUCGGCGAAUGGUACCACCAAUUCGACUUCAACCUCAACGUCAGAAAGCAAAGCCGCCUCCUCAGCAACGGACUUCACGCGCCCCGGCUCGUUCCCAUACCCGAUCACCAUAACGCUCGACCGGCACGGCGGCGACGCCGAGAAAAAGAACCUGUAUUGCUAUGGUCUGGUCGAUGGGGCGCGGUAUAACGCGUCGGCCGUGAAGCUGCAGAUGGAGAACCGGGCGUGGAAUGGGGCGAUUGUGAAUCGGGCGCCGGGGAUCUUUAAUAUGGGGUCGGCGAAUUCUACGACUGACGACGACGAUGGGGAUAAGGGUAAGGAUAAGGAUUACGGCGGGUAUGAUGGGGGCGUGGGCGGGUGUAGGUGUCAGUGGGUUAAUUGGGUUGGGGCGCUUUGA